CUUCUCGCGGCCGCCGCGUUGUCCGUGACAGCAUUCGUCGAUUCACUUCUGACGGAGGUUUGUUCGACAUGCAGUGGCGCCACCAGCAACAACACCAUCUGUCCCAGUCGUCGUCCACGGACGCUUCGUGUUGCAAGGUUCCUGUGCACCACCCGGCCGCCCGCGCCGCGGACGACCCGGUCGACCUUGAAGACAUGGCACGGCGCAUCGACAUUCGCCGCGCGACGAGCAUGCGCGAUUUGCGCGUGCGGACGUACGCCACCGAGCGCAGUGCGUUUGGGUUUGCCAAGUUGUACGAAGUCGAAAUCGAGAACGCGUGCAACAACAACUCGUUGCACUGGAAGCUGUACGUGUGGUUUGGCGACUUUCGGACGUUCUACAACCACGUCAAGCGCAUCAAAGCGCCGUCACUCAAGAUGUUUCGAAAACAAGCCACGUCCAUGAUGUUGCGUGGCAUGUUUGGCGACAAGGCGCUGUGCAUCACGCGAAUCCUGCGGCUUCUCUUCCACACGCUGGCUGAAAUCGCACCGACCAUAUCCGUGUGCAAAGCGGCGCGAGCGCUGCUUCACCUGACCGAUGACUUUUGCCAAAUGGAGUACCCUCACGACCACCGCGCGCUCUUGACGAUUCGCCAGAUGAAGACCAUCGAUGUGGACAGUUGCAGCAAAUGUAGCGACGACGGCAGUGACGUCGUCGGAUGUUGCAUCUGCUUGGUGGACGACGACGCCACCGCUCUCCGCGUUGUCUUGCGUUGCGGCCACGAGUUCCACGAGUCGUGUAUAUGCAUGUGGUAUUACUCGCGGUUGAAUUGCCCCGUCUGUAGGCAGUGAGUUGUACGAAUGCGGCUAUUUAGAUGGAUGUCCUGUGAACAUGGAUCGCUCUCGCUUUUUC